CCCGUUCCAGGACCAGAAGACGCAGUUCUUCGACAACGGGCUGGACGGCUUCCCCGCGUUCGGCCUGCGGCCCGGCUCCGAGAUCAAGUCGCCGUACCGGCUGUUCAUGCCGGAGAAGCUGUACGCCGAGUUCUCGAUCGUGGCGACGGUGCGGCCCAACACGCGCGACGGCGGCUUCCUCUUCGCCGUCGUCAACCCGCUGGACACGGUCGUCCAGCUGGGCGUCCAGAUCUCGGGCGCGGGCGCGGCGCAGUCGAACGUGUCGCUGGUGUACACGGACGCGUCGCUGCACUUCGUGUCCCAGACGGCGGCGAGCUUCGUGGUGCCGGCGCUGUGGGGGCGGUGGGGGCGGCUGGCGCUGCGCGUCACCGCCGACAACGUCACUCUCUUCCUCAACUGCCGCGAGCACGAGACCGCCCCCGCGCGCCGACAGCCGCUGGAGCUCGUCUUCGACUCGGCCUCCACGCUCUACGUGGGCCAGGCCGGGCCCCUCAUCAAGGGCGCCUUCGACGGCGCGCUGCAAGAGCUCAAGCUGUACGGCAACCCGGCGCUCGCCGAGGUCCAGUGCGACAACUCCUUCCAGGUGAGUAGCCCGCUCCGCUGCCCGCCGCUCGCUGACCGCUGCAGUCCCCAGGGUUUCGGAUCUGGAGAAGCUGAGGACGAUGACUUUAUCGACCAAGAAGACGGCGGCGACGAGUCCCCGUUGUCUGCGUCCGAGGGCAGCGGCCGGGGAGAGUACGGCGGCAUCAUACCUCCGCUGCCACCGCCGCCUCCGCGUCCCGAAGACUUUCCACUGCGAGGACCAAAAGGUGAAAAAGGAGACAGAGGACCGAGGGGCCCGCCAGGGGACGCGAUGCGUGGCCCCCCAGGCCCCCCCGGUCCCCCGGGACCCCCCGGUCCCCCCUUCUCAGGGGGCGGCGCCGUCGACUUCUCCUCAGGCUUCGGAGACAUGUCAGAAGGCGGCCAGAUCGACGGGCUGCUGCGCGGUCCCCCCGGGCCGCCUGGAGUGUGCUCCUGCAACCUGAGCUCGCUGCUGGAGAACAUGCCGCUGGGGAUUCCAGGGCCUCCGGGACCGCCGGGCGUCGACGGCAACGUCGGGCCACCUGGAGCGUCCGGUCUGCCAGGUCCAACCGGAGAGAGAGGAGCUCCCGGACCACGAGGAGACAAAGGGGAGAGAGGAGAUCCAGGACCUCAGGGACCAGAGGGCAUCCAGGGGCAGAAGGGCGAACCUGGCCGCGACGGAAUGCCUGGAAUACCUGGAAAUCCUGGACCACCAGGACCUCCUGGAAACCCCGAGUUCUCCAGUUUUGAUCCUAGUUGGAAACCAAGAGCUGUAUUCAAGGAAUUAGGAUCGACAGGAUAUGCUUCAUCUCUUGGGAGGCCGGGCAGUCCAGGUCCAAAGGGUGAGCCUGGGAUUCCAGGCAUCCCAGGACUGCCUGGUGAAAGGGGUGUUCCUGGCAGUAAGGGAGACAGGGGAGAUGCUGGACUAAAAGGACCAAAGGGGGACAGGGGCCAUCCAGGGCCUCAGGGUCCUGUUGGCUUUAAAGGAGAGCCUGGAGCUCCGGGAAUAGAUGGCAUGCCUGGGUAUCCUGGAACCAAUGGAAGAGAUGGUAACAAGGGACAGAAGGGAGAAUUCGGUGACACGGGGAAACCUGGACCUCCAGGACCACCAGGACCCCCGGGCAUUGCCCUCAUUGACCCAGAUGAUGUUGAAUUGAGUGGCUCAGGUUUUGGUUCAGGUCGGUUGGGAGGUCAGAAAGGUGAUCCUGGGGAGACAGGUCCGAAAGGUGAUAAGGGCGAUGUGGGGCCCAAAGGGGAAAAGGGUGAGAGAGGAGCUGAUGGUUUUCCAGGAAAUCCUGGCACUAAUGGCCUACAAGGCACAGCUGGAGAAAAAGGUGAACCUGGAGAGAUGGGCCUGACAGGCCCUGUCGGUCCCCCAGGCACGAAGGGAGACAGAGGAGAGAGGGGGCCACCUGGCCCCGCCACUGUGGCCGGUGUCGACGGGGACUUCAUAACCAUAAAGGGCGAGAAGGGCGACCACGGCAAGAGGGGCCGCCGGGGCAAGCCGGGACCUCCCGGGCCCGUGGGCCCCCCGGGAAAACCCGGCACCGUGGGCGAGAUGGGACUGCCCGGAUGGAUGGGAGCUCCUGGUAGACCGGGCCCAGCCGGACCCCCAGGCUUGCCAGGCUUGAAGGGUGACAAGGGAGAUGCCGCAGAAGUACCUCCUGGCCUGAAGGGAGAGAAAGGGGACCCAGGAAUUGGCAUCCCGGGACCUCCAGGACCUCCUGGGCCAGUAGGGUCCUCUGCAAACCCGGACGCCACCUACAUCCCGGUGCCCGGGCCACCGGGACCCCCUGGUCCGCCGGGACCUCCGGGGCCUCCAGGGGUGUCUGUGAUGGGAGAGAAAGGCGAACCAGGUCCCCCAGGGGGACGCGGUCACGUCUACGGGGAUCCGAUGCUGACUCCGCCAGCCGGAUACGGUGGUCGCUCAGGACCAAGAGGAAGUCUCGAAGAGUUGAAGGCACUGAGAGAAUUAAAACAUUUAAAGGACUUGAAGGAGGCUUUUGGUGCGGCACCGGGACCAGCUGGGCAGUCAUCAGCUGGUGGCAGAGGACAUCACUCCUUCGAUGCUACAAACAUCAAGAUUGUGCCUGGUGCAGUCACAUUUGAGAACACAGAAGCUAUGACUCGGAUGUCUGCUGCAAGUCCAGUUGGCACACUAGCUUACAUUAUUGAUGAAGAGGCAUUAUUAGUCCGCGUCAACAGUGGAUGGCAGUAUAUAGCAUUGGGAUCACUGCUUCCUAUUACAACACAACCUCCCCCAACCACAACUGUGCAACCAGUGAAACCACCAUUUGAAUCAUCAAACCUAAUCAAUACAAAACCUGUUGAUGGGCCAAGUCUUCGAAUAGCUGCACUGAAUGAGCCUCAAACUGGAGAUAUGCAUGGAGUGAGAGGGGCAGACUAUUCGUGCUACAGGCAAGCACGGAGAGCUGGUCUGCGUGGCACAUUCAGAGCUUUCCUGUCGUCGAGAGUACAGAACCUUGACUCCAUUGUGCGAUACUCAGACAGAGAUCUUCCCGUAGUGAACACCAAGGGCGAUGUGUUGUUCAAUUCGUGGAAGGAAAUGUUUAAUGGUGAUGGUGCUGUUUUCUCACAACAGCCACGAAUAUACAGUUUCAGUGGUAAAAACAUUCUCACUGAUUUUGGAUGGCCACAGAAGAUGGUGUGGCAUGGUUCCCAUCCAUUGGGUGAGAGAGCUAUGGAUACUUAUUGUGAUGCAUGGCACUCUAGCAGUACAGAUAAAGUGGGACUGGCUUCAUCACUGUUUGCUGGCCGGCUUCUGGGGCAAGAGAGAUUCUCCUGUAACAACCGAUUUGCAGUUCUGUGCAUUGAAGCUACGAGCGAAGGUGGAGUGCGACGACGAAGAGAUACAGGUGACCACGAGAGGACACUCUCUGAGGACGAUUAUUAUGAACUGUUAAAAGAUAUUGAUAAAAAACACCACCACCCUCAAUAGUCAGACCUUGCACUGUAACAUGUAUAGCGGUUCCUCGUGUUAUUUCUUGUCGACCAGCUGAAGAAAUAUUUUGCUUUCUUUGGUUUCAGAUUGUCUGAUUGUUAUCAGUAACAAAUUUAUGUUUCUACAAUGUGACUGUAAUUAUUUAUUGCCAUGUUAAUUUAUUUAUAGUGAUGUAUAGUAGUUUUCAUAGCAUUAACACAAACAUUUUUAUGUUUAUUUUUUUCAAUUGUACAUGAAAGUCAUAGCUUUGUAAGUGGUAUCACAUACCAUGUCAGUUAAUUUAAUACAAGACGAAGAGACUGUGUCAUUUCAUGUGAAAUGAUAAAUGAGAACAAACUAAUUAAUCCAGAAAGUGUUUAAUAUUUUCAGAGAUAUUCUUUGUACAAGAUGCUAGAGGAAACACGUUUCUUACUAUAAGAAUGUAUCAUUACUAUCUUAAUUUUACAUUGUGGUACAGUAGCUAAAAGUUACCAUAAACAUUGCAAAAUAAUGUCAUGAUAAAAGUGAGCUGACUUGCAUACUACAGAAAUCGUUUUUAUGUAACAUAAAUAAGCAGAUAGUGUCAGUUGUGUGUGAACUGUGUCCUGUGUGGCCUACAUUUUGUUUAGAACAUACACCUAAUUGUGGUGUACUGUCACAAAUGGAAUACUGUUAAGUCUUCAGUGUUCUGAGAGUAAGUAAUUUUUAUGCGCCAAUGAAGGGCAGUACAAAUAACAUCGCUCUGUGCACAAACAUAGUGUCUAACUGGACUCAUUGCUAUGUUACAGACUUAUCUUUCUUGGUGUGUUGAUUUUUUAUUCCAUUUAACACUGUUCUGAUCUGUAUACACAUACUUAUACUCAAAUAAAAAAAUCUGUAUCUAUAUAUGUUUAAUAAGAGCCUUUCAUAUUUAACUGGUUUUAACAUAAAUUUCAAAAUAUUUCUCUGCUGUCACUCAGUUAUUUGUGUAAAAAUCUAAGGUGUGCUAUAAGAUUUCUGAGUAUAUCUUUCAUAAUCUAGAGAGCUUUGACUUUUCUAUCCUGUUUAUCUUUCCUCAUAUUAUUGUGUAAUGUGUGUGUAAUAAUUAUUUGUAUUUUCACUUAUAAUGUGACUGGGUAAAAUUGUGCCAUAAACUAUUCAAACUAUGCAUUUUAAUUAAUGAAGUAAUGAAAUUGUAAGGCUGAGUCAUAUUUCACGUUUGAGGAUUGCUGUGUAGAUUAAAUUAACAGUUGCAGUAGGAGCAUUGGUGUAAAGAUGUGAUUACUGCAUGUGCUACAACACACAAAGAAAAUAAUGAUCACAGAUGUGUAAAUGAAAGCAAUAAUGCAUGCAGAGUUACCUGUCAGAUAACAAUUCCAUUUUAAGGUAAUGACAAUACACUACAUAAUAUGUAUGAUGUCCAUUAUUUGGCUUUACCAAGAAAUUGCAUGAUGAAACAUUACAUUGACGAUUGUAUUGUGCCAAUGUUUUGUAUGUUUCAGUUUUCCUAAUUCAGUCCUCCCUAUUUCAUAAGAGGUAUUAUAUUCUUCUGAUUGUGUGUGUGUGUGUGUGUAUGUGUGUGUGUGUGUGUGUGUGUAGCUGCUAUUAUACUGUUGUGAUGGAAGUUUACUUAUUACAUACAUCAUUAUUACUUAUUAUCACAUCAUAACUUUUGUUUUUACCGUCAUCGAAACUGCACCACUGUUUAAAAAAAUCUUUGGAACAAUGUUCUGUAACAGAAAUACUUCGUUUCAGAUCUUGAAAUAGCGUAGAAUUCUCUCAUCAAUAAGAAAUAACAGUGCAUAGAAAUUAUGAUGGUACAGAUCAAGUGUAAACUGCAGAUACUGUGGGUAAUAUACCAAAGCUCAAUUUAUUUACUGACAAUGAGAAUGAGUGUAUACUUAGAUAUUGUGCAUGUUUGUUUGAUGUAUUUAUUUGUGAUACAUGGUAGAUAUAAGUAGAGUUACAUGAAGUAUACAAGUGUAUGGUUAUUAUAGUUUUAAAUUAAUUGUCUUAUAUUAAAGAAUAAUUUUAUUGGAUAAAUUGUUUGUUUUGUGUAAACUGAAGUGAGACCUAACUAUAAGCAAAAACUUGUUUCAGUUUUGUAAAUUUUUAUGUAUUUUGUACAGUAAGAGUUAUAUUGUAUAAUUUUUC